UGGGCGCCCCCGGCGGCGUGUGAAUGGCGGCCUCGGCGGCGGCGGCCUCGGCGGCGGCGGCGGCCGCCUCCGGCAGCCCGGGCCCGGGCGAGGGCUCGGCGGGCGCCGAGAAGCGCGCCGCCGCCUCCUCGGCCACGGCCUCGGCUUCGGCCUCGGCGGCGGCGUCCGCAUCGGCGUCGUCGCCCGCGGGGGGCGGCGGCGAGGCGCUGGAACUGCUGGAGCACUGCGGCGUGUGCCGGGAGCGCCUGCGGCCCGAGAGGGAACCGCGCCUGCUACCCUGCCUGCACUCGGCCUGCAGCGCCUGCCUCGGGCCCGCGGCGCCUGCUGCCGCCAACAGCUCGGGGGACGGAGGUGCGGCGGGCGACAGCGCUGUGGUGGACUGUCCCGUAUGUAAGCAGCAGUGUUUCUCCAAAGAUAUUGUGGAGAAUUACUUCAUGCGCGACAGUGGCAGCAAGGCUGCCACCGAUUCCCAGGAUGCGAAUCAGUGCUGCACUAGCUGUGAGGAUAACGCCCCAGCCACCAGCUACUGUGUGGAGUGCUCUGAGCCGCUGUGUGAGACGUGCGUAGAGGCGCACCAGCGGGUGAAGUACACCAAGGACCACACUGUGCGUUCCACUGAUAGCCCAGGGUUGCAGGACAGGCAGGAAGUGAGGCCCCGAUCUCUGUCUGCUCCUCGAGUUGGAGAUGGUGAGGAUGAGCUCCCGCUUCAUAGAUCCCAUUCCCCAGGACCAGCCAAGUCGAGGGACGGUGAGCGCACGGUGUAUUGCAACGUGCACAAGCACGAGCCCCUUGUGCUGUUUUGCGAGAGUUGCGACACCCUCACCUGCCGGGACUGCCAGCUCAACGCCCACAAGGACCACCAGUACCAGUUCCUGGAGGACGCUGUGAGGAACCAGCGCAAGCUCCUGGCCUCACUGGUGAAGCGCCUCGGGGACAAGCACGCGACAUUGCAGAAGAACACCAAGGAGGUUCGCAGCUCGAUCCGCCAGGUGUCUGACGUACAGAAGCGCGUGCAGGUGGACGUUAAGAUGGCCAUCCUGCAGAUCAUGAAGGAACUGAACAAGCGGGGCCGUGUGCUGGUUAACGACGCCCAGAAGGUGACUGAGGGGCAGCAGGAGCGCCUGGAGCGCCAGCACUGGACCAUGACCAAGAUCCAGAAGCACCAGGAGCACAUCCUGCGCUUUGCCUCAUGGGCUCUGGAAAGCGACAACAACACUGCGCUGCUACUCUCCAAGAAGCUGAUCUACUUCCAGCUGCACCGGGCCCUCAAGAUGAUCGUGGACCCCGUGGAGCCCCACGGUGAGAUGAAGUUCCAGUGGGACCUCAAUGCCUGGACCAAGAGCGCGGAGGCCUUUGGCAAGAUCGUGGCAGAACGUCCUGGCACCAACUCCACAGGCCCUGCACCCAUGGCCCCUCCUCGGGCUCCAGGGCCUUUGAGCAAGCAGGGCUCUGGCAGUAGCCAGCCCAUGGAGGUGCAGGAAGGCUAUGGCUUCGGGUCAGAUGACCCUUACUCGAGUGCAGAGCCCCACGUGUCAGGGGUGAAGCGGUCCCGCUCAAGUGAUGGCGAGGUGAGCGGCCUCAUGCGUAAGGUGCCACGGGUGAGCCUCGAACGCCUGGACUUGGAUCUCACGGCUGACAGCCAGCCCCCAGUCUUCAAGGUCUUCCCAGGCAGCACCACUGAGGAUUACAACCUCAUCGUCAUUGAGCGAGGUGCUGCAGCUGUUGCUGCUGGACAGCCUGGGACUGCGCCCCCCGGGGCCCCUGGCGCCCCGCCCCUGCCUGCCAUGGCCAUCGUCAAGGAGGAAGAAACAGAGGCUGCCAUUGGAGCCCCGCCUGCUGCCACUGAGGGCCCCGAGACCAAACCUGUGUUGAUGGCCCUGGCAGAGGGCCCCGGCGCCGAGGGCCCCCGCCUGGCUUCACCCAGUGGCAGCACCAGCUCAGGCCUGGAGGUGGUGGCUCCAGAGGGCACCUCAGCCCCAGCUGGUGGCCCAGGUGCCCUGGAUGACAGUGCCACCAUCUGCCGUGUCUGCCAGAAGCCAGGUGACCUGGUCAUGUGCAACCAGUGCGAAUUCUGCUUCCACCUGGACUGCCACCUGCCUGCCCUGCAGGAUGUGCCAGGGGAGGAGUGGAGCUGCUCUCUCUGCCACGUGCUACCCGACCUGAAGGAGGAGGAUGGCAGCCUAAACCUGGACGGGGGUGACAGCACUGGUGUGGUGGCCAAGCUCUCGCCAGCCAACCAGCAGAAGUGUGAGCGCGUCCUGCUGGCCCUCUUCUGCCAUGAGCCCUGCCGGCCCCUGCACCAGCUGGCUACUGACUCCACCUUCUCCCUGGAUCAGCCCGGCGGCACCCUGGACUUGACGCUGAUUCGAGCCCGUCUGCAGGAGAAGUUGUCACCCCCCUACAGCUCCCCCCAGGAGUUUGCCCAGGAUGUGGGCCGCAUGUUCAAGCAGUUCAACAAGCUGACAGAGGACAAGGCCGACGUGCAGUCCAUCAUUGGCCUGCAGCGCUUCUUUGAGACUCGCAUGAAUGAAGCCUUUGGUGACACCAAGUUCUCCGCUGUUCUGGUGGAGCCCCCGCCGCUGAGCCUGCCUGGUGCUGCCCUGAGCGCCCAGGACCUGUCCAGUGGCCCUGGUGAUGGCCCCUGAGGCUGGGCGGCCCCCGAGCCGCUCCAGCCUGGCUCUGUUCUCUGUUCUGUCCUGUCACCCCUCUUCUCUCUCCUCUUCUCCCUCCGGUGGCCUGGUUCCCACUCCUUGGUGGCCCAUACCCCAGCCCCUCACAAUAUGGUUUUUACUUCUGUGGAUUUAAUAAAAACUUCACCCGUUA